CUUUCAUCCAUUCUCUUCCAUCACACUGCUACUGCUCGUAGUCGCUACACACACACACCUGCACCAUGUCUGCCCAACCUACCAUUCGUCUCGCGGCUGCUGAAGAUGUCCCCAUCAUCCUGCAGUUCAUCCAGGAGCUUGCGGACUACGAGAAGGCUCUGCACGAGGUCGAGGCGACCAACGAGUCCCUCCUGGCCACCCUGUCCUUCCCCGACACCCCUCCCAAGCGCGGGUCUGUGUACACCGCGCUGAUCAUCCCGCCCGCGACGACGGAGGACCCCACACCCAAGCCCGUCGGCAUGGCCAUGUUCUUCUACAACUACUCGACCUGGCGCUCCGCCCCCGGCAUCUACCUUGAGGACCUCUACGUCCAGCCGAGUGCGCGCGGCAACGGGUACGGCUUCAAGCUGCUGAAGUACCUGGCCGCUAAGGUCCUGGAGAUCAAGGGCAGACGACUCGAGUGGAGUGUGCUGAAGUGGAACGAGCCCAGCAUCAAGUUCUAUGAGCAGGUUGGCGCCAAGGGCAUGCACGAGUGGAUGAAGAUGAUGGUGGAGGGGCCGGCCCUAAACCAGCUGGCGGAGGGUCGGUGAUGGGAUUGUGAUGGGGAGGAUGAUUUGACUGAGCCCGAGGGUGCUUAUGAUCUGAAAUCAAGCCCUGGCAGGCUUGUUGGCACAGGACUGCCAUCACCACCAUAGACAUGCCCACACCGAUGAGGCUUCUCGAUCCGCCGGUCGCAUCUGGCCCGGGAGAGGGAUAUACUGAUAUACUACUUGUAAAUAGAACAACAAUUUUACCCACGCCAAUGGCUAUUUCCCAC